AUGGAUUUUUACGUCACAAUUGGAUUUCUUAUGCUCUUUUUUGGUAUGGUGGCGGUGGAAGCUGGUACUAUUUCUAGUGAUCUAAAUGCACUCUUGGCAUUUCGUCAGGGUGUUUUGGAUCCACAACAUGCAUUGGAUAGUUGGGAUUCAACUCUCAUCGACCCUUGCACCUGGUUCCACGUUACUUGCGACAACAACAAACGAGUCAUUCGCCUUGAUCUAAUGAGAUAUGGCUUAUCGGGUAAUUUGUCUCCUCAACUAGGAACUCUUGAUCGUCUAAUGUAUUUGGAGCUUUUUGGCAACAAUUUCGAUGGCCCGAUCCCUCAAGAGCUUGGAAAUUUGGUAAACCUCAAGAGCUUGGAUCUAUACAACAACCGAUUUUCAGGGAGGAUUCCUCCCUCUCUUGGAAAAUUGCGUUCUCUUAUCUUCUUUCGUCUCAACAAUAACCAACUGAGGGGAUCUAUUCCUGGUGAGCUUGGAAACAUUCCGACCCUAAAAGUUGUGGAUGUGUCAAGUAACCACCUCUGUGGGCCUGUUCCAAGGGGUGGUUCAUUGUCGAAAGUGACAUACAACUAUGGCAACAAUCCAAGUAUCAACAAGCCUUGCUAG